GUACAUAUCGUGAGCCUAUAAAUACAUACUAGUGUUUUUUUCAUAAUUGUAUGAAUAAUUUUAGUGAUGGGUGCCCUUUUUUGGCUGAGAGCACCUCCACUCAAACAUCUCUGUGCACGUGCCUGGUCAUACAGUACAUUAUACUGGGCUUUGGUCUGAGCACAAAAACAGGAGGAGGGUGGUUUGCCCAAACAAUGAGCGAAUAUUGAACUGCAAAUAUUCGGUGGUUCACUGCAAUACCUUAAGAGAUGCGAGCAAACAAAUUUUGGUUGAACAACUGGAUGAAUAGUAUGGCUAAUCUUCACUUGGCAUCAGAGUUCACCUUAGGUCAAAAUGUUCUUGCACUUCUACCACUUGCCCAUGUGCAGCAGCUAAUCUACUGUGUUUAAUACUUAACGCUUACUGGAAUGCAUUGGGUGGUUUGGUUCUAACACUGCAUCAGCCCCAACGGAUCUGGCCCACGUUACCUGACUUGAAGGCAGAACGAGACGCAGAAAAGUUUUAUUCAUUUUGCGAUCUUCAUCAAGCAGGCACAAUGAACCACAGCAAGGAUGAAUUUGAGCCUUUUGAAUAUUCCUACUAUGAUUAUUCAGACUGGUACUCCAACAACCCAGAACCAACAAAACCUCCCAAAGAAGUUAUUUCACCGUGUGACCCAACAGCGAGUGAUGCAAUAUUUCACAUAUGCAUACUCUCUAUAUCUCUGGUGAUCAUGGUAAUUCUGGCAGCUCUAAGCAGGAGAAAUAAACUCUGCCAAGGAUUUACAAGAGGAUCCUCCAGUAUCUUUAGUCCAACCAACUUCCUGGAUCAAACACAGAGGAAAGGUGUGGUGAUGGCUGUGUUUGGGCUGGUGUUCAGCAAGCUGGCCUUGCUGGUGAUUGCACCUGAUCCGCUGCCUUUCUCCAAGGAUACUCCAGCUGAAAUCAAAGAGUUCAUGAAGAUAAUCGCCAUCUUCUACUAUCCAGUGCUCUACUACCCUCUGAUGGUUUGUAGCACUCUGCAGCACAAGGCUGGUUAUGUGUUUGGCACUCUGCUCUCUAUCAGCCAUUUUGGUGUCCAGCUGUGGCAGAAGUUGGACUGCCCAAAGACUCCAGAGCUUUACAAGUUCUAUUCCUUGCUUGCAAGUUUGCCUCAGCUGGUCUGCCUGGCAUAUCUUUGCGUCCAGUUUCCUUUUCUGUUUUUCAGAGGAACACAGAGUGAAGAGGACCUUGACAGCAGUUAUUACACCGACUAUGUAAAAUCCCUUCUCAAAAAGAAGAAGAAGCCUGCAGCACUCAGCCCCACCUCAUGUGACAAAGCAACAUUGGUGGAGAGACUACUGAAUAUGCCAAAGAGUUAUCUUUAUCUUCCAGAAAAAGUGUUUCAUUUCCCUCUAAAGCUGGCUGUAUCAAUAUUUGUAGCUUUGGUGGCGAUAUACCAUACAGCUCUCUUGUUAGUUGUGUUGGUUGUCCCAACCCUCCAUAUUGUUCGUGCCGGUAUUGAUGAGAACAUUGCCUUCCUCUUACUGGGUUUUGGGAUCGUCCUCUCCGAUGACAGAAUGGAGGUUGUCAAAAUCGUCACUUUCUACACUUGGCUACUGGAAGUCUGCUACCUCUGUGCAUUGACCCUGUCUUGUGUGGUCAGUCUGGUCAUGCUCAUGAGGACCAUGGUACUUCACAGGUCAAACCUGAGGGGACUGUACAAGGGUGAGAUUUACAACCUUUACAACAGCCAGAAGAACCUUCGUCCAUCUAAAUCCGGUGUUGUCUGCUGGAUGGGCUUGACUGGAUACCAAGCUGCCAUCGUCUGUCUGGGUAUGGUGAUCCAGACUGUUGUGUUUUUUAUCUGCUUCAUGUUCCUGGUCUUCCUUAUCAUCAUCCCCAUCUUCUAUGGACGUAACCUGAUUGUCUUUGAGAUUGCUGGCAAAGCUUGGCCAGGAUGGGUUACAGUAAUUGUGGUCACAGUGCUUCAGCAUGUCGCUGCCAAGUUUGCCUUUGUCAAAAAAGAUGCCGGCACCAGAGACUUAAAUAACAGGGAGAGUUUGUUCCUUCUGACAUAUUUGCUGUUUCUUAUCAACACCGUGGUGGGACUGAUAGUGGCCAUAUGGAGAAUGGUCAUUACUGCACUGCACAACAUUGUACAUCUUGGCCGUGUCGACAUCAGUCUGCUACACCACACUGCUGAGGCCUAUGACCCAGCAUUCCACUAUUACACCCACUUUCUGAAGGUGGAGGUGAGCCAGUCACACCCGGUCAUGAAAGCUUUCUGCGGGUUGCUGCUGGACAUAAUGGUGGUAGGUGGCCAAGUGGGCCAGAAAAUACGAGACGCAGAGGAAGGGAUCCAGGAGAGCUCGCAGAGCACGUCCACCAGCAGUCGCAGGAUUCGCUCUCGUUGGCAGCUGGUGUACACACUGGUCAACAAUCCUGCUCUCCUGGGCUCUAGGAAGCACUUCCAGACAAUGCAGAGCUUGGAGAGCAUCCUAAAUGGCAGCCCGAAACGCAGGAAGCAGACAAGCAGCAGGAGGGAAGUGGGCAAGGCAUCAUCCACUGAGCCUGCUCCAUCCAGUGACAGCCAAGAUAAAACUGAUUGAGAAAGAAGCAAUGUUGACAGUAUUCUUCUAAAAAAUUCAUCACAGUUGGCAUUUAUGCUGCAGACUAUUGAGGAAAUUAUGUAAGGAGGAAGUGACGGCCUUAGAUGAUUUUAAAAACAACCAAGUGUGUCAAGGCAGAGGGUUGGGUUGAAUGGUCUAGAACACACUGGCCCUGAUUAAAUUGUUUUUAUGAUCUUUGUCAUUCACUAAUAUGAUGCAUCUGGAAUCUCGAAAUAAUGUUCUUUUUUUUCCAACAGUCUGGUAUUUGUCUUUCUCAAAGCAAGAGAACUAUGGAUAUCUGAUUCAGCAUCUGGGGUCCCACAGUUUUGCUUAGCAGUUCUGCUGUGAAGUUAGUUUCAUCUAGUUGUGACAACACAACAAACUAAAAUCAGAUACACAUUUCCCCUGUUUCUCUGCUUCAGAUGAUUCAUCGUUUAUCCUCAGGAAAGAAAAUGUUGCUUUAGUUGCCACAUUUCCUGCCUUCUGAGUAAACGCAUACUCUUAAAUAUGAGCUAAAGAAGCUGUCAGUUGGCCUUAAUGUGACUAAAGAACUACAGAAAGUGCAGAAGUCCAUAGGGCCUUUGCAUAUUGACAUACACAUAUAUUGAUCAGGACUGAUCAAUUGCAGCAUGACAACAGGAUGCUUGAGGUCAUAGUUCCACCUAAAACACGCCAUGGUAAAACAAAGUGGUUCGAAGUACAGUGUACUGUAACUUCUCACUGAGUUAGUACAUUAUUGAAACAACAGAUAGAGUGCCUUGUUAUUGACCAAAAAGCUAAUACAUGUCACCAAAUCAGCCCAUUUUCAACUUUGACCGAGGCAAGGAGUUUGAAAGAAUAUUAAUAACACAACUGUUGUUUAAAUGCCGGAAUAUACAGUAUAAAGGAGAUUAUAGAAGACAAUUAAAAACUAGAU